AUGCCGGACGACAUUGAGCGCAUCAUGGACCGCAAGCUCAUCAAGCAGCGCGUGCACUACUACGUGGUCUGGAAGGGCUUUGGACAGGAGAACAACACCUGGGAGAGCCGCAUCGACUUAAUGGCUGAUGGCUACUCGGAUAUCAUCAAGCGCUUUGAAGACCAACGCAAGAAGGAGUCCGGCAGCUCGACGCCUCGCGGUCGUAGCCCCAGCCGCUCGACGCGCAGAAGUAAGAGUCCUGGCCGCUCCAGGAGUCGUCGUAGUCGCUCGCGUAGUGCCUCGGUGACACGCUCUCGCAGUCGCAGCUCCUCGGUGAGCCGGAAGCUGCCAGUGGACAACAACGAGGAAGAGAAGAAGGAGAAGAAGGAGAAGAAGCACAAGGAGAGUCCUACGAAGUCGUCUCCAGCUCCACAGCGACGCAGAAGUCCUCGCUACAAAGAGAACAACAAUGAAACCAACGUGAAGGAGACGCCCAGACGCCGAUCUACUCGGCAUCAGACCCAGGAGACGUCAUCCUCGACACUUUUCGUGUCUCGUCUGGACGAAGAAGACGACUCGGUGCUGCUGCGGUCGACUAUUGCAGCUCUAGCUCCGCAGGUGCGAGAGAUGACUCCUCCUGCCUCGUCAACUGCGGAGACGGGUGUGCACAAGAAGCCGGUGACGUUGUCGUACGAGGAGGAAGAGGAAUCUGUGCUAUUGAAGCCGCAACGCACCAAGCAGACCACGACGUCAGAGGCCAGCGCUACGGUUAACCACGUUCACGAGCACGCAAGCCCUGCACAGAACAACGGCUUGAUUGCUAAGGCAGUGGAGAACGGCUACCUUGCGUCGGUCUUGAGUGUUGUGGCUGUGAUGGGCUCACUAGUGGCGAGCCAGAUGCUACCGCGUGAGGCGGAGGAGUCCGAGUUGUGGCGGAGAUGGCUGGUUUUCCUGACUCCUGUAGUAGCGUUGCUGCUCUUCUUCCACCAGAAGGAUGCUCGUGCUUCGGCCAAGUGGGUGGCCACUGGUCUGGCGUGGCGCGCUGCCGCAGAGCUUUUGCUGCUGAUCAGUGACACGCCUCGUGAGUUCGAGAUGAUGGUCGCUAUCUCGGUCGCUCUGGCCAACGUGUCGCUGCUCAUUGCCGUCGUGUCUAUUCUUCGCAAUGGAGAGCACAACCAGUCCAAGUCCACGCUUGCGCUUCUGACGGUGGGCAUCUUGACCCUCUUCCUAUCCGACAGCUGGGUGAUCUCGACGGAGAACUCGGAACUGGAGUCGCGUGUCGUCCUCAUGUCUAUGGCCGUUGUAAGUGUUUUCAUUCAAACUCUCGUCUCAGAUGACGAAUUGGACGACUAA